ACGAUUUUUGUGGUUAACAAUAAAAUAUUCUUAUAUAUCACCUUGUAUUUUAAAUUAGAUAGGUAUUAUGACAUUCUAUUUUUUCUCGUUAAUGCUAUUAAGUUUCAGUUUAUGUGUGACGGCAGCUUCACAAAGGACAAAUUAUAAAUUCUUAGGAUGUUUUUUGGAAGAAAAUCUUUUAACUCUUGGAGAAGAGAGCCGUGUCUUAACACCAAUAUCGCCUCAAUCUUGUUCAGAGUUCUGCUCCGGGAAAAAAUAUUUAUUUUUUAUUCUUAAAAAUGAUAACUGUUACUGUAGCAAAAAUUAUAUAUCAAGAUUAAUGAAACAAUUUGAUAAUGCAUGUACGAUUAAAUGCUCAGGAGAUGAUUCAGCUUCGUGUGGUGGAAAACCAAAUCUAGUGUCUUCAUAUACAACAGAUAGUUCAAGUAAGAAAGAAUGUUUAUGCAGUUUUACCGAACCUUCAAAUGAAGGUAUGACUGAGGACAGUAUGUGUAUGACUCUUUGUUCUGGUUCAUCCAAAGAAACAUGUGGUGGUCUUAAUGCGAUAAAUGUAUACAAUACUGGAUUAGAAUGGCAGACGAGUACAAUUGGAAAUUAUUAUUUGGGUUGUUUCGAGGAAAGUCAAAAUAAUAGAAUAUUGAAUGGCUACUCACGGUCUUUUUCUGUGAAUACACCAGAAUUUUGUUCAAAUCUUUGUUACAAAUUUGGGUAUACUUACUCAGGUGUAACAUAUAAAUCUGAAUGUUUUUGUGGAAACCAAUCUCCAAACGAACCUAAAUUUGCUAAAUUGGAAGAUAAACAAUGCAACACAAAGUGUUCGGGUGAUGCUAAUCAAUUUUGUGGUGGUGGAUGGAGAAUGGGAGUAUUUKCUACUGGAUUAUAUGAUUAUCAAAYUGAAGAUCGAUAUAUUGGUUGUUUUGUACAAGAAGAAAAUUCAUUAAGUGUCACAAAAUUUGAACUAAUCAAUACUAACGUGCCUAGUAAAUGCUCUGCAAUUUGUCAUAAUGCUAAAUAUCAAUUUGCUGGAGUUAUGGGUAUCAAUUGUUUGUGUAGUAACCAUGCACCAGAAAAUAGUCAGAAAGUAGAUGAUGCUAAUUGUGAUACUACUUGUGUUGGUGAUUCAAGUAAAACGUGUGGUGGUGAAGAUAGAAUACAAAUAUACGAUCUCAUGAGAAAAAUAAAUGAAAAUGAAUCUACUUCAACACCUGAUUCAACGUAUUACGAUGACCAAUUCGAAUACCUAAACUUAAAAUCAGCUUGGAGUCAUGAUGUUUUUAUUGCACAAGAGCCAUUAGAUAGUUGCAUCUUGUUCUCUCUGAUGGCUGAUCACCAUUCUCUGAUCAGUGAUUACUGA